GUGAAUUAGAUAAAGACUCUUUAAACAUGUGGUUGGUUUUGUUAAUCUGUUACUGUUUGUAUUCACUAUCGUCCAGUACCUCGUGGUACCCUGUGUAUCCUAUACUUGGAGAGCAAAUAGACCUCGUAGGUACACUGAAUGAAAGUUUCACUCAUAAUUGGACUAAGAGCAUUGAAAACGACGAAGCGAAGGAUGUAUUCGACAGCGAUAACCCGUUUAAUUCAACGCAAAUACCGUUCAAUUCCAUUGAUCGUGAUCGGGAACCUUUGGACGAGGUUGAACGCAUCGACCCCAGGAAUUGGCCGGUCAGACCGGAUGUCUUCUACACCCGAACUGUUCCUUCAACUACAGAAAUUUCGUUACCACGAAAUCCACUUUAUCCGUCCACAUCGGCGCAAAGAAACUCGUCGACGCAGAGAUAUCCACCGGUCACGGCACCACCUCCUACAGCCUCUGUGGACGAAGUUUUCUGUGAUUUCGGAUCAUUUCCGGCACAGACACUUUGCGAAUGGCAAAACGGCGAUGGUGUAUUAGACUGGGCGGCUGGUACUGGCAUGGGUACCAAUUGGAUGGGUGGUCCUCCAAGCGAUUACACAAGUGGAACAAUGGAAGGAGGGUAUGCCUUCCUGGAAACAUCAGAAUUACCAUUGAGAGAAAGUAAAACGAAAACUCUGGGAAGUUUAUUACACAGCCCUCAAUUAGGAAGCACAGGGGUGGUUGGAACUUGUAUUAUGUUUAAGUAUUCCAUAGACGGCCUCAGCAGCGCUGGUCUAAGAGUUCUACUUCACGUUGGUCCGGACGAAUAUUCGAGUAAAAAGGAACAAACCGAAGAGAUAACUCCUGAUAAUACGACGAUACCAUCUUGCAAACCGAUCGAGGUUUUCGACGAACGUGUCAUAUGGAAUGCUCAGUAUUACAAUCUCGGUAUUUGGCAGCAGACACAAAUACUGUACACCUUCCCCGAAUUACAUUCGUUAAUCAUCGAGGGAAUCCCUGUAGAUCCUACCGAUCCAGCGAGAUUGUACAGAGGGUACAUAGCUGUAGACGACAUAGAUUUACAACCUGGAACCUCGUGUGUUGGUUUCUGUAACUUUGCCGGUGGCUUUUGCGACUGGUCCAACGACGCAGAGGAUGAUUUCGAUUGGACAAUUAGUCGAGGAAGUGGAAAUCCUACAACAGGACCAGCGAUGGACAGUUCGACCGAUCGUUCCACAGCUGGAGGAUACGCGUACAUAGAUUCCGCGUUUCCUCGUAGACCCGGAGACAGAGCUAGACUUAUUAGCGCCAGUUUUCCAGCGCCGAGUGCGGACACACCCAUGUGUAUGCAUUUCUGGUUCCACAUGUUCGGCUCUGGAAUCGGAGUCCUCAAGCUUUUCCUACGUAAUUUCCGUAGCCUCGAUACGCCGCUACGAGAAAUUUGGAGUUUAAACGGAAACGCUGGAAACACGUGGUUCGUUGCUCAAAUUACGAUAGGCUCUGUCGAUGAUUUUCAACUAAUCUUCGAAGCGACUGUGGGAAAUACUGGAAUGGGAGACAUUGCCAUCGAUGAUAUCUCUUUCACCCAAGGCUCUUGUCCUGUUGCGCCUCAAGUUGCCGCGCCUACCCCUAGAGACUGUACUUUCGAGGUAGACGAAUGUGACUGGAUCAAUUCUCGAGAUCCCAACCGGGUUGAAUGGGAGAGGGUGUCUACGCAAGCAUUGAGCCUGAGAAAUCAACGAAAACCCUAUACCAAUGGAUAUACGAUUAACAGAAGAAAUGAAUAUUUUCUGAACCUAGGUCGACCAAGAGGAGGACCACGAUCCUCUGGAGGUGGAACGGCGCAGCUGGUUAGUCGAGAAAUGAAAGGAACCGAUGAUCCUCUUUGCGUUACCUUUUGGUACUAUAUGUUUGAGUCUUUCAUUGACUCAACUGGACCAAGUUUAGGUGUGCUUCGUGUAUCCAUACAAACAACUGGAGAAUCUUCCACGGAGACCAGACCAAUCUGGCAGCUGUAUAAUAAUCAAGGACCUAGCUGGAAUUAUGGACAGAUUAGUUUAAAUGAAAGAAAGGACUUUAAUGUAGUUUUUGAAGGAACCUGGGGUCCUAAUCGUGCCAGCGGCAGUAUCGGCAUCGAUGAUAUCUCUUUCUAUAUCGGUAACUGUUCUGUGAAACCACCUAGCGCAUCUGUAAGAGCAGAGGACUGUAGUUUUGAGAAAGGAUUAUGCGGUUGGGAAAAUAUUACAACUUCCGAAAAUGAGCGCACUGUUACCUGGCAGCGUGCAUUUCCUGCUCACCGUCCGGCUCAGUUAUUAGAUAAAACGUUCGGAGCAACUGGAGACUUCGUUUUUUUUGAUAUUUUUACUACAAAUAAACAAUCGACGAAUGUACAAUUACGCUCGCCUGUAAUACAAACGUCAACCGACGAGGAAUCCGUUUGCUUUACCUUUUGGUUCGCUGCCUUUGGAGUCGAGGAAUCCACAACGCUGCAGAUUAUUAAAAUGAACGUGGACGAAGAAAUGAAUGAAGAAAACGAUGGAAAUAAUAAUGGACAACAGCCCUUGUGGUCGUUAACAGCGAAAGGAUUUAAUAACCCACGACCAGUAUGGACUGCCGCACAAGUAACCAUAGAUGCUCGUGUACCUUACCGCUUAAUUUUAAGAGGAACUGCCAGUAACGGAGGUUUUGCUAUAGAUGAUAUUAAAUUUCAGCCUCAAAGUUGUUCGAUUCGACCUGUUACUGCUCUACCCGUUAACAAUGAAAGCUGAAAUAUUGAAGUUUGUAAUUACUUGAAUUCAGUUUAAAGAUGAAUUUAUCUUCGGUUUACAUUUUAAAUAAGGUAAGUUUUUGUUUAUAGAAAAUCUUACUAAAAAACAAAAAGAGAAGAAGGGAUUGUUUAUUACAACACUUUUGUACGUUAAAAAGUCUUUAUUAAAGUUGGCUUUGUUUUUUUAGAA